ACAAACUAAUAGCCAUUAUAUAAGGACAAGUGCUGACGGAUCACUUGCAUUAGCACCUGAGGAUGGAUGCUGUCUCCAUGGGGACUAUGAAGAUGUCCCAGACGUGGAUGUUAAGAUGGGUCAUCGUGCUGAUGGGGCUGCGGUCGGUACAAGCGGAUUUCUUGGAGGAUUAUGCGGAUACUAUGAAAGAUCCUAUGGACUUUACGACCUGGCCCUCAACAACAACAUUGUUCCCUAUGACGACCCUGAUGGCAACAAAAGGUGAACCGAAUCCUGAUCAUCGGUCCACGAUCUGCAGCACAUGGGGCAAUUUCCACUUCAAAACCUUUGAUGGUCAAUUCUUUCAAGUGCCAGAUACCUGCAACUAUGUUCUGGCCGUGAUGUGUGACAGCACAGCAUCCGAUUUUAACAUCCAAAUGCAAAGAGAGGUUGUAAACAAAACAAUCACUUUUGACGCAGUCACAAUCAAAAUGGAGGGAGUACUCAUCAAAAUCACUAACGGCAUCAUCACCAUGGAUAAUAAAGUGGUGUCGAUUCCAAUCAAUAAGAAUGGAAUUAAAAUUGAAGGAAGCCCAUCAAGUAUUAAGGUCUCCAGAUAUGGAGUGACUGUCUUCUGGGAGGAAGACAACUCUGUAGUGAUUGAACUUGCAAAGAAGUACCAAGGUCAGACCUGUGGACUCUGUGGAAACUACAACGGCAACAAGGAUGACGAUAUUCCUCAAGCGGGUCUGGCGACAUGGAAAGUCUCCACACCAACUGAAUCCUGCGAGGAGGUUACACUUCCUCCCAGAAAUAAGUGCAAUCAGAAUGUCAGUGUUUGCAAGCAGUAUCUCAGCAGUCCAGGCUUUGCUGAUUGUGCCAAAGUGAUGGACAUGAGUUCAUUUGAAAAAACCUGUGUAGACGACCUCUGUCAGUGUUUCGGCAACCACGACUGUCUCUGCAACACGCUCACAGAGAUUUCACGACAGUGCACACAUGCUGGAGGAAAACCAGGAACAUGGAGGACAGAAAAGCUCUGUUCAAAGACAUGUCCUAUGAACAUGGAGUACAUGGAGUGUGGUGGUCCAUGCAAGAGCACCUGCUCAGAUCCAGGCGCAAAUCUAAUGUGCAGCGGACACUGUGUGGACGGCUGUUUCUGUCCUAAUGGCACCGUGGAAGAUGACAUUGCUAAGACUGGCUGUAUUCCUGUAAACAAGUGCCCUUGUGUGCACAACGGCAAAUUAUAUAAUCCAGGACAGUCUUUCAAACAAGCUUGCAAAAAUUGUGAGUGUGCAGCUGGACACUGGACUUGUACAUCCCUGGAAUGUCCCGGAAUCUGCUCUAUUGUUGGAGGGUCUCACGUCACCACUUAUGAUGGAAAGACCUUCACCUUUAGCGGCAACUGUGACUACGUCUUCACUAAGCACUCUGAUGACAGUGAUAUUGCUGUUGUGGGAAGCCUGGGCAAGUGUGAUCAGGCCCGAGCAGACACCUGUCUACAUUCAGUUACCCUUGUUAUUUCGGGGACUACUUUUAGCUUUUCCUCCAAUGGUGUUGUCACACUGAAUGGAAGCAGUCACUAUAAGCUUCCUGGCAUCACAGGUCCUGUGAGCAUCUUCCAGCCCUCUUCCUCCUUCAUCAUUGCUGAUAUAACAAGUCUUCGUCUAGAGAUCCAGUUGGCUCCAGUCAUGCAGUUGUAUAUUGUAGCCAGCACUAAAGAAAAAGGCAAAAUGAGUGGUCUAUGUGGAAACUAUAAUGAUGUCCAAGCAGAUGACUUCAAAACAGACUCGGGCAUCACAGAGGGGACACCAAUAACUUUUAUCAACUUUUGGAAGAAAAACUCAUAUAGUUGUCCAGAUCUUGAAAACACAUAUGACAACCCCUGUAGCUUGAGCGUGGACACAGAGAAACUUGCUAAAGACUGGUGUUCCCGUCUUACAAACAAGAGCGGAGUCUUUUCCGCAUGUCAUUUAGAAAUAUCUCCUGAGACUUAUUACAAGUAAUGGUGUGUCUAUGACACCUGCAAAUGUGCAGAUAUUAGAAAGUGUAUGUGUGCAGCCGUGUCCAACUAUGCCCACGCCUGUGCUGCCAGAGGAAUCAUUCUCCAGGGCUGGAUGGAUUCAGAGCCCUGUGGAUCUGAGUGCUCAGAAAACAUGAAGUACUCCUAUGGUAUGACCAGCUGUGGUGGCACCUGCCGCUCUCUCAGUGAACAACGUGACACCUGCCCAGGGUCCUUCACACCUGUAGAUGGCUGCAUCUGUGCUGCGGGAACCUACCUUAAUGAAGAAGGCAGUUGUGUGCCUGCUCACCAGUGUCCUUGUUACAAAGAUGACCGAGUCAUAGAGGCACUGGGAACAUCCUACAUAGGUGGUGAUGCAUGCACCUGUAAUCUUGGCAAAUUGCACUGCUCCAGUCAACAAGACUGCAUGGCUCCAAAGGUCUUCUUUAAAUGCUCAAAUUAUGAACUUGGAAUGAAAGGGAUAGAGUGUCAGAGGACCUGUCAGAACCAAGACCUAAAUAAUUGUGUGAGUACAGGGUGUAUAUCAGGGUGUAUGUGUCCGAAUGACCUUCUGGACAAUGGGAAAGGUGGGUGUGUGGAGAGGAAAAACUGCCCCUGUGUCCACAAUGGACUCACCUAUUCACCUGGUGAUCAAGUUCAAGAGGACUGUAACACCUGCACAUGCACAAAUGGAAGGUGGACUUGUACAGAUUAUGAGUGUUACGGCACCUGUACCAUCUAUGGUGAAGGUCAUUUCAAGACUUUUGAUGGCAAACAAUAUUCUUUCCUUGGAGACUGUGAACACAUCUUAACCCAUGAUUACUGUAAUAAUGAGCAGAGUCCAUAUUAUCUACGCCUGGUCACAGAGAACAUCCCCUGUGGCACCAGCAACACCAUUUGCUCCAAGUCCAUCAAUCUUUUCUUUGGGAGAUACAAGAUGAUUUUAUCCGAGGAGAAUGGGAUCAAAGUUGUUGAAAGCAAUGGCACUGAUUACCAAUACCGAAUCCAUACUGCUGGAAUAUACAAUGUCAUAGAGAUCAAAGGUCUUUUGAAUUUACUCUGGGACAAUAAAACAAGUCUGAUGAUCCAACUUCAUUCCAAAUUUAAGGGCAAGGUGUGUGGACUGUGUGGAAACUUUGAUGGUAAUGCGAACAAUGACUUUGUGAAGCAAGAUGGACAAGAGGUCACUGAUGCAGUGGUAUUUGUGAACAGUUGGAAGGUGAAUCCCAUCUGUCCAGAAGUGAGCAACGUCAUAAAUCCAUGUCAAAAAAAUCCCCAUCGGAGUGCCUGGGCUAUAAAACAAUGCAACAUCAUCAAAAGCCCUGUCUUUAAAGACUGCCAUUCACAUGUGGAUUCUGGCCCAUACUAUGAUGCCUGUGUAAAGGACACCUGUGCAUGUGACAGUGGGGGUGACUGUGAUUGUUUCUGUACUGCAGUGGCAGCUUACGCUGCCGAAUGCCGUAAAAAAGGAGCUUGUGUGGCAUGGCGGAGCCCCACCAUUUGCCCUUUAUUCUGUGACUACUACAACAGCGCUCCAGAUGAAUGUGAAUGGCACUAUAAAACCUGUGGAUCCCCCUGCAUGAAGACGUGCAGAAACCCAUCAGGAACCUGCUCUAAUCAAAUUCCUCUGUUAGAGGGAUGUUUUCCUCAGUGCCCUUCAGACAGGCCACUUCUCAGGGAGGACACAGGAAAAUGUGUUCCACAGUCAGAAUGUCUCUCGCUGUGUACCUAUGAUGGGAAGACAUACACUGUUGGACAAGUGGUGUACGAUACCACAGAUGGGAAUGGCACAUGUUUUACUGCUGUGUGUGAUUACAAUAGCAUAAUUAGAAGAAAUAUUUCUAAAUGCAUAAAAACAACUACACCAUUCACUUUCACACCUCCACCACAAACUACUAGAACUACAGUUAUAGUAACAGUUACAAAGGCUACAACUGUUGUUUGGGAAACACCUACACCACCAGAAGUUUCUACUACUGCUGUUACUGGUCCAACACCACCUACACAAACACCUCCCACAGAAACACCAUCAACAGCAACUACAACUGUUGUUCAGCCAACACCUACACCACCAGAAGUUUCUACUACUGCUGUUACUGGUCCAACACCACCUACACAAACACCUCCCACAGAAACACCACCAACAGCUACUGCAACUCCUGGAACACCACCAACAAGACGAACAGAAACACCAUCAACAGCAACUACAACUGUUGUUCAGCCAACACCUACAUCACCAGAAGUUUCUACUACUGCUGUUACUGGUCCAACACCACCUACACAAACACCUCCCACAGAAACACCACCAACAGCUACUGCAACUGCUGGAACACCACCAACAAGACGAACGGAAACACCAUCAACAGCAACUACAACUGUUGUUCAGCCAACACCUACAUCACCAGAAGUUUCUACUACUGCUGUUACUGGUCCAACACCACCUACACAAACACCUCCCACAGAAACACCACCAACAGCUACCCAACUGCAGAAACACCACCAACAAGACAACACCACCUCACAACAGAAACACCACAACAGCACUGCAACACCACCUACAACUUGUCAGCCAACACCUACAUCACCAGAAGUUUCUACUACUGCUGUUACUGGUCCAACACCACCUACACAAACACCUCCCACAGAAACACCAUCAACAGCUACUGCAACUUCUGAAACACCACUAACAAGACGAACAGAAACACCAUCAACAGCAACUACAACUGUUGUUCAGCCAACACCUACAUCACCAGAAGUUUCUACUACUGCUGUUACUGGUCCAACACCACCUACACAAACACCUCCCACAGAAACACCAUCAACAGCUACCGCAACUGAAACACCACUAACAAGACGAACGGAAACACCAUCAACAGCAACUACAACUGUUGUUCAGCCAACACCUACACCACCAGAAGUUUCUACUACUGCUGUUACUGGUCCAACACCACCUACACAAACACCUCCCACAGAAACACCACCAACAGCUACCGCAACUCCUGAAACACCACCUACACAAGACGAACACCAUCAACAGAAACACCAUCAACAGCAACUACAACUGUUGUUCAGCCAACACCUACACCACCAGAAGUUUCUACUACUGCUGUUACUGGUCCAACACCACCUACACAAACACCUCCCACAGAAACACCACCAACAGCUACCGCAACUGCUGAAACACCACCAACAAGACAACACAUCAACAACUACAUCACCAGAAGUUUCUAACUGUUGUUCAGCCAACACCUACAUCACCAGAAGUUUCUACUACUGCUGUUACUGGUCCAACACCACCUACACAAACACCUCCCACAGAAACACCAUCAACAGCUACUGCAACUGCUGGAACACCACCAACAAGAAACACACCAUCAACAGCAACUACAACUGUUGUUCAGCCAACACCUACAUCACCAGAAGUUUCUACUACUGCUGUUACUGGUCCAACACCACCUACACAAACACCUCCCACAGAAACACCACCAACAGCUACCUCUGGAACACCACCAACAAGAGAACACACCAUCAACAGCAACUACAACUGUUGUUCAGCCAACACCUACACCACCAGAAGUUUCUACUACUGCUGUUACUGACGAACGGAAACACCAUCAACAGCAACUACAACUGUUGUUCAGCCAACACCUACACCACCAGAAGUUUCUACUACUGCUGUUACUGGUCCAACACCACCUACACAAACACCUCCCACAGAAACACCAUCAACAGCUACUGCAACUGCUGGAACACCACUAACAAGACGAACACAAACACCAUCAACAGCAACUACAACUGUUGUUCAGCCAACACCUACAUCACCAGAAGUUUCUACUACUGCUGUUACUGGUCCAACACCACCUACACAAACAAUACCUCCCACAGAAACACCAUCAACAGCAACUACAACUGUUGUUCAGCCAACACCUACACCACCAGAAGUUUCUACUACUACUGUUACUGGUCCAACACCACCUACACAAACACCUACAUCACCAGAAGUUUCUACUACUGCUGUUACUGGUCCAACACCACCUACACAAACACCUCCCACAGAAACAACUCAACAGCUACUGCAACUUCUGGAAACACCAUCAACAGCAACUACAACUGUUGUUCAGCCAACACCUACACCACCAGAAGUUUCUACUACUGCUGUUACUGGUCCAACACCACCUACACAAACACCUCCCACAGAAACACCAUCAACAGCUACUGCAACUUCUGGAACACCACUAACAAGACGAACAGAAACACCAUCAACAGCAACUACAACUGUUGUUCAGCCAACACCUACAUCACCAGAAGUUUCUACUACUGCUGUUACUGGUCCAACACCACCUACACAAACACCUCCCACAGAAACACCAUCAACAGCUACUGCAACUUCUGGAACACCACUAACAAGACGAACACAAACACCAUCAACAGCAACUACAACUGUUGUUCAAAACACCAUCAACAGCAAACUGUUGUUCAGCCAACACCUACAUCACCAGAAGUUUCUACUACUACUGUUACUGGUCCAACACCACCUACACAAACACCUCCCACAGAAACACCAUCAACAGCAACAGAAACACCAUCAACUGUUGUUCAGCCAACACCUACAUCACCAGAAGUUUCUACUACUGCUGUUACUGGUCCAACACCACCUACACAAACACCUCCCACAGAAACACCAUCAACAGCUACUGCAACUUCUGGAACACCACUAACAAGACGAACAGAAACACCAUCAACAGCAACUACAACUGUUGUUCAGCCAACACCUACAUCACCAGAAGUUUCUACUACUGCUGUUACUGGUCCAACACCACCUACACAAACAAUACCUCCCACAGAAACACCAUCAACAGCAACUACAACUGUUGUUCAGCCAACACCUACAUCACCAGAAGUUUCUACUACUGCUGUUACUGGUCCAACACCACCUACACAAACACCUCCCACAGAAACACCAUCAACAGCUACUGCAACUGCUGAAACACCACUAACAAGACGAACGGAAACACCAUCAACAGCAACUACAACUGUUGUUCAGCCAACACCUACAUCACCAGAAGUUUCUACUACUGCUGUUACUGGUCCAACACCACCUACACAAACAAUACCUCCCACAGAAACACCAUCAACAGCAACUACAACUGUUGUUCAGCCAACACCUACAUCACCAGAAGUUUCUACUACUGCUGUUACUGGUCCAACACCACCUACACAAACACCUCCCACAGAAACACCAUCAACAGCUACCGCAACUGCUGAAACACCAACAAGACGAACGGAAACACCAUCAACAGCAACUACAACUGCAGUUUUGACAGCAACACCUACAGUGACAGAAACACCAUCAACAAGAAUUACUGUGUAUACAGAAUCAACAACUGAAAUUACACAUUCUACAUCUCCUCAAAUCAUCAUUACAACGAGGUGUCACUGCACAUUUGCAAAUCAAACAUUCCCACCUGAGUCUAUCAUCUACAACAAAACUGAUAAAGCAGGCUGGUGCUACUUUGCAUACUGCAAUUCCAAUUGUGUUAGUGAAAUAACACAGAAACCAUGUCCUCAGACUACUACGGUUCCAGUUUCAACUGUUCCACAGGACUGUAUCUAUGUCAACAGAAAGAAUGGAGAGACGUGGAAUGAGAGAUGUACCACUAAAACCUGCAUAAAUGGAAAUGUUACCACAAGCCCUGUACAGUGCAAUUCAGAGUAUUCUGUCAUACCUACAUGUGUCAACGGACUUGAUCCUGAGUUGGUUUACUAUAACAAUGGCUGCUGUACUAAAUAUGAGUGUCCAUGUCGAUGCAGUGGCUGGGGUGAUCCUCAUUACAGUACUUUUGAUGGAAAAUAUUAUACAUUCCAAGGAAAUUGCGACUACGUGUUGGUCCGAGAAAUCAUUCCAAGAUAUAAUAUCAGUGUCCAUGUUAAAAACUAUUAUUGCGAUGUUACAAAUAAUUUUGCCUGUCCGGAGUAUGUGAUUGUGAAGUACAAAUCCUAUGAAAUCAAGCUAACAAGUAACAGUAAAGAGCUACAGGUCUAUGUCAAUAAUGUUGUGAAGGUCCCAACUUUCUUAAAUGAAGAUUUCAGCAUCACUUCUUCUGGCCUAUCAGUGAUUCUGAAAAUCGGUGAAAUCAAAGCUCAGAUUUUAGUUAGUCAUCAAGGCUUUGAGAUCAAUCUCCCGUUCUCCUACUUCCAUGGUAACACAGAGGGACAGUGUGGUGUUUGUGACAAUGAUGCCAGAAAUGACUGCAGACGUCCUGAUGGAACAAUUGACCAGUCAUGUGAGAAAAUGGCAGCACUCUGGGCUGACUCCCCAAAAUGUGAAACCCCUCCAGCACAACCAAGCAAACCUCUUCCUACCUGCACAGCACAAAUUUGUGAGGUCAUUAAGAGCAAGUUGUUCAAGAGCUGUCAUGACGUUGUUCCCUACAAAAGCUACUAUGAGGCAUGUAAAUAUGAUGUGUGCUACAAGAAAAAUGAUUCCAUGGCCUGUGCCAGUUUGGAAGCCUAUGCUCAGCAAUGCGGCCAGCAGUCUGUAUGUGUGGACUGGAGAAACUCAACUGACCUCAAGGGGCUAUGCACAUACAAAUGUGCUGCUGAUUACAAAGUCUACAAGGCAUGUGGGCCUAAAGUUGAAAAAACCUGCAGUGCAAGAUACAAUGAGAUGUUUGUGGAAAACUCAAGCGAAACUGAGCGUGAAACAUUCAUGGAAGGUUGCUACUGUCCUGAAAACACAUAUCUAGUUAGUUCAACAACAAAUCAAUGCACACGUACUUGCGAUUGCAUUGGCCCUGAUGGAUUACCAAGACAGCCUGGAGAUACAUGGACUGUAAACUGUACAAAAUACAGAUGCUCCACUGAGAGCUUUGGUGUUGUCCAAGAGCCUAUGAACUGUCCAACCAUAAAGCCCUGUGACCACGGAUACAAAAGCGUCAUGAAAGACUGCUGUCCAACCUGUGAGUGUGACACCAGCCUGUGCUCUAGGAAAUGUGAUGUAGGGUAUAAAUUAGCAGAAAAGAUACCUGACGACGGUUGCUGUGCACCCUGUGUACCCGAAGACGUAUGUGUGUACAAUAACACUGAGUACAAGCCUGGAGUUAAAAUCCCUUCAGAGCCUUGUGUGGAAUGUUACUGCCAAAUGAAUAAAGACCCAAAGACUAAACUGCAUGAAGUGACAUGUGCUAAUAAAGUCUGUACACCUUGUGCUGAGGGCUUUGAGCGUGUAAAACAAGUAGGAGAGUGCUGUGGAACAUGCAAGCAAAAGACCUGCAUUUAUACUGCGCCGGACAACACCACACAUACGGUCCAGGUUGGAGAAGUGGUAAAUUACAAAUGUGAAAAUAUUACCUGCAGAGACAUUAAUGUGUUUGUGACAGAGAAAAACACACCAAAAUGCCCUUACUUCAAUCCAGAUGAUUGUGAGCCUGGAACUGAGAAAUCUGAUGCAGAGGGAUGUUGCAAGACCUGUGAGCCCAAAACCUGCACUGUUCUGAAGAACACCACCCAUGUGGAGGCAAAUGAUUGCAAGUCUGUCCACCCCAUAGAAGUGACAUCCUGUAGUGGCCGCUGUUUCACCCAAUCAAUCCCCACCAGUAGGACGACCCAUCCCAGCAUCCACAUCUGGGACAUCCUCACAGUCCAUAUUGAGGCAAAAACCAUCCUCAAGAGCUAA